GUCUGCGCAUUGCUCGUUGCUAUGACCAACCUCGUUUUGGUAUUGUUAUGGUGGACACCAAAUCAAAACUUGACGAUCGGAGAGAUUUUCUGUGACUUUUACGUCUUUUUAGGACAAAAAGAGGUUUUGACACACAGACAUGUCUACGGCGUCAAGACAGUCGUCGGCGGCAUCGCCGGUCUCGGCAAAUUCCAAGUCACGGGCAGGGACGGCCUCACGACAGUCCGGACGUGUCACCUUCCCACAAUCCCCGGGGUCCGGCGCAGGAUCUCCCAUGUCAGAAGGCACACAGCUGGCCCCCGAUCACAACCCCUUCACCAUGCCUGUAGAGAAUGACAUCUUCAUUCUCAGGGACAAGGAGAGACAGAAGAAGAAAGCGGAGAGGGUAAAACAGAGGAAUCUCCGUGUUCAUGAGAAGACGACAUACGCCACGCGGGUGAACGCCAAGACGGCGUCGAUGCGGAAGGCGGUGAUUGAGUCAUCGGAGUCGGAGGAUGAGCGGGAGGAUGAGGACAAGGCCGUGGCUGUGAAGGAGGAUCCCAGCUGGACCAUCGCUGUCACCAGGGACAGACAUGUGGAGAAGGAAGACUUAGCCGAGUACAUCAACAAGAAGAGAGAAAUGUUCCUCGUACAGUACUCCCUGGGCGUGAAGCGAGACGAGAUGCGGAAGCUUGAGGAGAUCGCGGCGGCGGAGGAAAGGAAACUGGAGCUGGCGGAGCAGUACCUGGAGGAGGACGCCGCCAUGUUUGACGAGUUUCUCAAGGAGAACGACAAGAACUCUGUGGAAGCCAUCAAGAUAGCGGAGUCUGAGACUAAGGCAAAGUUGGAGAAGGUGUCAGAGAUCAAGAGGAUCAACGGACAAAUGAUGGCCAUUAAGAGUGAAAUUUCAAAGAUGGAGGACACCCUGAAGGAAUACCAACUCUACAAGAAGUUCCUGGACAGCGUGACUCCUCAGGAGUACAAAGACAAGAAGGAGGCAGAACUUGAAGAGAAAAGGAAACAACUGAAGAAGGCGUCGGCAGCAAAGAAAAGAGCAACUGUGGUUUUGCUUGAACCACAUGAGGAAGAAGCGAUUUCCAGUACACCCAAUCUGCUUAGUCCUCCCGGAGCCAGUUCCAAUGCUGCCACCACACCAGCGAGUGACACCAGCGGCCGGGGUGCGAGCCGACAGUUACAGAGUCGGGAGUCUACAAGAAGAGAUCGCAGCGGGACGCCACUUAAAGGCUCAUCCACGGGGAGAAGGCCUGGUGGUACCCCUGCCAGUGGUGCCGGCCCUCAGGACCAGCCAGAGUCAGAUGAGGAGGAGGAUAGUGAGGAGGAACCAGACCUGUUCUUCACAGACCCCCAGCAACUGCUGGACCUGUUCCAGGAGUUGGAGGAACAGAACCUGUCUCUCAUCCAGAACAGCCAGGAGACGGAGGAGGCUCUGGAGGAGAUGAGACAGACAUUCAUCCAGACGGAGGGCAAAAUGAACCGUGAGACAGAGAUCCUGAAACAGCAGAUCACCAUGCUGAAGGACACCAUCACCAGGGAGGAGGAGAAGGCGGCAGAUCUGGAGAUGAAGUCCAAGAUGUUCUCAUAUGGUGAAUUCAAAGCUGAGGACCAGGAGAAAAUGUUGCAGUCACUCAACAAGAAGGUAGAAGAAGUGUACAGGGCAUGUAUAGGAGACAAUGAGGCCAACAUCAGUACCCUACAGAUGCUGACUAACAUUGAGAACCGGCUGGAGGAACUGUUUGAGAUCAUCGAGAUGAUGCCUCCUGAGAGAGUGGAGGCAGCAGAGAGGGCUAAAGAGAAGGAGCGUCGUCUGCGUCUGCGUGAGGAGAAACUGGAGCAGCAGAGACUUCACCAGGAGGAGAGGGUCCGGCGCGCGCUGGAGAGGGCACAGGCUGACCCCAAGAAAAAGGGUGGCAGGAAGUUGGUGUUCAGAUCAGAGCCCCCUAGGAGGAAAGCUAAGAAGGACAAGGCCCAGGAGAAGGCCACACGGGAAGAGGAGGAGCUGGCGUACUUCUUCACAUAAACACAGCACAAAUCAUCACAAACUCUAUGUUUGUUGACUAUUAUGUAUUGUCAGAAAUCAAUUGGAGGAAUCCAACAGGUCUUGGAGAGUUUGAAAGCCUUAUCUCCAAGCAAAUGUAUCUGUAAGAAUUUUACAUGGCUCAGUGUUUUCCGUGACUGUGUUCUUGCGAUAUUACAGAAAUACAUUCUAAAUGAAGCAAAAGCAAACACAGAGGUGUCAUCUAAAGGGUUGGACUGCACAUUGAUAUCCAAGGUACCAAAAGAUGUUGUAUGUAUAUUUUUUAGAUCAAAAUGGUUUCUUCUUUUUCUGAUGUACAAAGUUUAAGUGCCUUGUUCACUUUUUAAUGCAUGAGUGAAUGUAGAAUUCUCAUAGAAAUAUUAUGAACUCACAUAUAUUUUACAUCAUACAUGGGCAAAUGGAUAUCUUAGGUUUUGUAAAAUGAUAUGAGGUACCAGGCCCUAUGGCAUAUUUUGUCUUUUUUUUUUGUUGGCUGUAUAAAUUGUCCUUCUGACUUAUAAUGUUUGUCAUUUUAAACCUAACAUUUUAGGCUGGUGACACAUUUGUAUACAGAGGUUGUAUAUUUCUUGACUAUCAUAUGACAAAAUAUCCGCUCUGGAAAUUAAUAGGCAAAUGUUUAUAUAAUUGUUGUCAUUUUUCAUUAUAGUCCAGUGGUCUUAGCCAUUGCAAAUGACCAAUUUCCAAGUGUUAACAUUGUACACACAAUAAAUGGCUUUUCUGGUUACUGAAC